AUGCCACUGAAGUCAGUUUGUGAUGGAGGCCUGUCCAUCACAAACAGGCAUUAUGUAGCCUCUUAUCUGCUGGCUGCCCUUGAGAGCAAUUCAUUUCCCAGCAUCAAGGAUACCAAGAAGACCCUAGGCAGUGUGGACAUGGAGGCGGGCGAUGACUGGCUCAACAAGGUCAUUAGUGAAAUAAAUGGAAAAAAUAUUAAAGAUGUCAUCACCCAGGGUGUUGGCAAGCUUCCAAGUGUGCCUGCUGAUGAAGCUGUGGCUGUUUCUGCUGUCCCUGGCCCUGUAGCUCCUGAAGCUCCUGCAGCUUCUGCCCCUGAUGCAACAGAGAAGAAGAAAGAUGAAAUGGAGCCUGAGGAGUAAGAUGAUGAUAUUGGACUUGGCUUGCUUGCUUAA